CUGCUGUUGCGCAAGGCCGUGGCGGGCGAGCGCUUCCGCCUUGAGUUCUUCGUGCCGCCCAAGGCCUCCAGGCCCAAAGUCAGCAUCCCUCUGUCGGCCAUCAUGGAGGUCCGCACCACCAUGCCCCUGGAGAUGCCAGAGAAGGACAACACGUUCGUGCUCAAGGUGGAGAACGGAGCUGAGUACAUCCUGGAGACCAUCGACUCACUGCAGAAGCACUCGUGGGUGGCUGACAUCCAGGGCUGUGUGGACCCCGGGGACAGCGAGGAAGACACUGAGCUCUCCUGUGCCCGGGGAGGCUGUCUGGCCAGCCGUGUGACCUCCUGCAGCUGUGAGCUCCUGACAGACGCAGUGGACCUGCCCCGGCCCCCAGAGACAAUGACAGCCGUGGUGACAGCCCCACACAGCCGAGCUCGAGAUGCCGUCGGGGAGUCCCUGGUCCAUGUCCCGCUGGAGACCUUCCUGGAGACCCUGGAGUCCCCAGGGAGCAGCGAGAGCAAUAACCCAGGGGAAGAGGGAGCAGAGCCGGAGCCCGAGGCAGAGCCCGAGCUGGAGCUCUCUGACUACCCCUGGUUCCACGGGACGCUCUCACGAGUCAAGGCAGCUCAGCUGGUGCUGGCAGGCGGACCCCGGAGCCACGGCCUUUUCGUGAUCCGCCAGAGUGAGACUCGGCCCGGAGAGUACGUGCUGACUUUCAACUUCCAGGGCAAGGCCAAGCACCUGCGCCUGUCCUUGAACGGCCACGGGCAGUGUCACGUACAGCACCUGUGGUUCCAGUCUGUGCUGGACAUGCUUCGCCACUUCCACACCCACCCCAUCCCACUGGAGUCAGGGGGCUCGGCAGACAUCACCCUACGCAGCUAUGUGCGGGCCCAGGGCCCCCCACCUGGUAAGACGCCCCUACCUGGCCUGUGCCAAGGCUCAAGAAGACAGACAUGUGGGCAGUGGGGGAGGGCAUCACCCUCCGGCUGCCGCCCUGCUAGCCCCUGCAGGAUGAGCACCAAGUCUUAGUUGUGAGCAACUCCGGCCAUCAGGUUUGGAGAGAGGCAGCCCUACGGGUUCCCUGUCCUGAGUUAAUUCCCGGCAGGUGGAAGUGGGCGGAGGCAUCACGGAAGUGGGUGGAGUCCCUAGAUCCCUGCACAGGUGGGGCUCAGCGGCAGAGCUGUUGGAGGAAGGAAGCCUUGUGGGUGUGAUGAGGGUGCCUUUACCCAUGACUUGAGUUAACCAGGGAGGUGGGCUGCAGCCAGGAGCUCAGAAUUCGAGUCCCGGCUCCCUGUUCAAUCCCAGGCAACCCGGUUCCUCCGGGUCUCUGGUCCCUGUCGGCACACUGGGACUGGGGGAAGUGG